AUGGCUUCGUUUCGCCUCACCAUCGAGGACGGCCAGUUCCGCGAUGCCCACGGCCGCCAGGUGGUCCUUCGCGGCAUCAACGUUGCCGGAGACACGAAGCUGCCCAGCGAACCCAACCAGCCCUCUCACGUCGGUGACGACUUCUUCGACGGCGACAAUGUGACGUUUCACCAGCGGCCGUUUACAAAGGAAGACGCCCCGAUUCACUUUGCGAGGAUCAAGCGGUUUGGCUUCAAUACGAUUCGAUACCUGUUUACGUGGGAGGCCCUUGAGGCGGCUGGGCCGGGCAUCUACGACGAGGAAUACAUUCAGCACACCAUUGAGGUUCUGAGGAUCGCAAAGUCGUAUGGUUUCUAUGUCUUCAUGGACCCUCACCAGGACGUCUGGUCCAGGUUCACCGGUGGUUCGGGAGCCCCAAUGUGGACGAUUUACGCUUGUGGGCUCAAUCCCCAGAGCUUCGCUGCCACCGAGGCGGCCAUCGUUCACAACACAUAUCCCGACCCCGACAACUUCCCCAAGAUGAUCUGGUCGACCAACUACUAUCGACUCGCUGCGGGGACCAUCUUUACCUUUUUCUUUGCAGGCAGGGAUUUCGCCCCGAAGUGCAUCAUCGACGGCGUCAAUAUUCAGGAUUACCUACAGGAUCACUUCAUCAAUGCCUGUGCCCAUCUCGCGAAGCGCAUUCACGAGGCCGGGGACCUUGAAAAUGAAGUUGUCAUUGGCUGGGAGAGCAUGAAUGAGCCAAACAGAGGCAUGACUGGCUAUGUUGACUUGACCGUCAUCCCCAAGGAGCACCCUCUGAAAAAAGGCACAUGCCCAACCAUGUGGCAGACUUUCUUGACGGGCAUGGGCAGAGCUUGUGAGAUCGACACAUGGGAGAUGGGAGGUCUCGGGCCUUACAAGACGGGAACAAAGCUGGUGGACCCGCACGGCGAGUUCGCUUGGCUGCCUGAAGGGUAUGACGACUCGAGAUACGGAUGGAAGCGUGAUGCUGGGUGGAAGCUGGGCGAGUGCGUCUGGGCCCAACACGGCGUGUGGGAUAUCGCAACAGAUACCCUCUUGAAGAAGGACUACUUUGCAAAGAACCCUAACACUGGAAAGAAGAUUGACUACCCAGAGUUCACAAACACCUACUUCAUGGACUUUUGGAGGAAGUACAACAAGGCUUGCCGCAGCAUCCACAAGGAUUGCCUCAUGCUCAUGCAGUUCCCUACCCUGGAGCUUCCUCCCCAGAUCAAGGGCACAGAGGAUGAUGAUCCAAAGCUGGUCUUUACGCCCCAUUUCUACGAUGGCAUCACCCUCAUGACGAAGCACUGGAACAGCAGUUGGAACGUCGACGUCGUCGGUGUGCUUCGGGGCAAGUACUGGCACCCUGCUUUUGCCAUCAGAAUUGGCGAGACAGCUAUUCGAAACUGCUUGCGGGAUCAACUGGCAACCCUUCGACAAGAGGGUAUUGACCGGACGGGCAACCAUCCUUGCUUGAUGACCGAGUUUGGUAUUCCAUAUGACAUGGAUGACAAGAAAGCAUACAAGACAGGAGACUACUCGAGCCAAUCUGCGGCCUUGGAUGCCAACUACUUUGCGGCGGAAGGAUCAGGAAUGGAAGGGUAUUGCCUAUGGGUGUACUCUACGACAAAUGAUCACGAGAGAGGAGACCAGUGGAACGGGGAGGAUCUGUCCAUCAUCUCGGUGGACGACAAGCUCCCCGAGACAUCAUCAAUGAUGAGUGAGCCCGCGUUGGAUCAAUCGACGACGAGUCUUGUCAAGAACGGCUCCACUGUCGUUACGGCGGACGCUCUAGAUGAUGCAGGCGUCCACCCUGGAAACCUCCAACGCACACUUACGAACCCAUCCAUCAGCUCUGCUCCCUCCGACAAGGACCCUGAACUGGCGAAUACCCCGGGCUACCGUGCCGCAGAGGCCUUUAUUCGCCCAACACCGACGGUCGUGGCGGGAAACCUCGUCUCUUCUGGCUUUGAUCUACGCAAAUGCAUUUUUAACAUCAAGGUUUCAGCUCCACACGCUGCAGCCGACGAUACACCGACGAUCAUAUUCCUUCCAGAGUACCACUUCCCCAAGUCGGAAUGUGAGAUCACCGUUUCGGCUGGCAGAUGGGAGAUUGGCCUUGAUAGCAGCGAGGGCACACUCGUCCAGCUCCUACGGUGGUGGCAUCCCGAAGGAGAGCAGACACUGACGGCCAAGGGCAUAGUACGAAAGUACAACCUUCCUGAGGGCACGUCUGACGAAGCAGGCUACUUGGAGCAGUGCCAGGCAGGCUACGGCCUGAACCUGGGAAGCUGCUGUCUCAUGUGA